UGCGGUCAUCACUGUCACACCAGUUGUUAGUUCGAACGUACUACUCAUCCAGCUCUUGUAAACCUCUACAAGAUCGGAACUUCCGGGGCAGGCUGGGCAUGGAUGCAUCCAUGGCGCCAACGAAGGGUGACGAGCAGCCCCCGUUACGCAUGCUCUUCUUCCCGUUCCUCCUCCCUGGCCACCUCAUCCCGAUGGCCGACAUGGCCGCGCUCUUCGCCGCCCGUGGCGUUAGGUGCACCAUUCUUACCACGCCCUUGCAAGCUUCGACCAUCCGCUCCAUCGUCGACCGUGCCAACACUUCCCUAGGGUCGGUGGAUGUCGUCGUUGUUCCUUUCCCAGACGUUGGGCUUCCCCCCAGCGCCGAGAGCGGGACUGGCCUGACAUCCAAGGACUACAACGACAGGUUCCUUCAAACGGCGGAGCUGCUCCGGGAGCCCUUCCGCCGCUUCCUGUCCGACCACCACGCCGAGAUCGACGCCGUCGUCUCUGACGGCAUCUUCCACUGGUCCGUGGACGAAGCAGCGGAGCAUGGCUUCCCGCGCAUCACGUUCCUCGGCACCAGCAUGUUCGCCCGUUCCUGCACUGAAGCCAUGCUCUGCAGCAACCCGUUCGAGGCGUGCUCCGACGACCCAGCCGCCGUCGUCUCCCUGCCAGGGCUGCCGCACCCGGUGGUUGAGCUGCGGGGGCAGCUGAUGGACCCUGUGAAGCGGUCACAUGAGUGGGCAUUGUUCCAGCUCAUCCACGCCGCGGAUCGGCGGAGCUACGGCGAGCUCUUCAACAGCUUCCACGAGCUGGAGCCGGCCUACGCCGAGCACUACCGCGCCACACUCCACCGCCGAGCCUGGCUUGUCGGCCCGGUUGCGCUCGCAAGCGGCAGCGGGAAGGACGUGGCGUCAAGAGGCGCCAUUGCUGGCACGCUCUCGCCGGAGGCCAUCGGGUGCCUGCGCUGGCUCGACAAGAAGCCGGCCAGCUCGGUGGUGUACGUCUCCUUCGGCACAAUGACCAGCUUCUCGCCGGAGCAGACGCGGGAGCUCGCCCGCGGCCUUGACCUCUCGGGCAAAAAUUUCCUGUGGGUCAUCACCAAUGGCAGUGCCGCUGCUGCAUCAGUGGAUAUAUGUAUGCCAGACGGGUUCCCAACUGCGCACCGUGGGUACGUCGUCCAUGGCUGGGCGCCGCAGGUGCUCAUCUUGAACCACCCCGCCGUUGGUGGUUUCAUGACGCACUGCGGGUGGAACUCCACGCUGGAGGCCGUGAGCGCCGGCGUGCCGAUGGUGACGUGGCCGCGGUACGCCGACCAGUUCCACAACGAGAAGCUCGUCGUGGAGGUACUCGGGGUGGGCGUCAGUGUUGGUGCCGAGGACUACGCAACAUGGAUGGAGACCCACCGGGUCAUCACCGGCCAGGUGAUCGCCGAAUCCAUCAGGAAAGUGAUGAAGGAGGAGGGCAACGGCGACAUGAUACGAAAGAGAGCUGAGGAGCUCCGCGCAAAGGCGAGGGCCGCGGUGGAGAAAGGCGGGUCGUCGUACGACGAUGUUGGGCAGCUCAUGGAGGAGUUGAUCGCCCGCCGGUGCUCCGGACGUAAGGCGGGUGGAUAAUUGUGUGAUCCGGCCUCAGCGUGCUUCCCGUUUUGCACUGUACCGACUACCGUGUACCUUACUCCACCACAUACAUUUCUGCUUUCCUACCCUGCCGUGGCGGCCCUGAAUCUCUGCCUCUGGCUGGCUCUGUUGGCCUGGCCGGGGGGCUGCGGCACGCCGUCUCGCUCGGCAGCAGUGCGUGCAUGCGUGCGUGCGUUUCCGCGCGAGAAAGAGAGAGGUGUAUGCGUCUCAAACCGGAACAUGGGUUCUUGAGGAGAAUGGAUGGAAUGGAGAAGUUAUGCUCACUAAUUAUCAGUCA